AGCUAUUUGCACUUGAGCGCACUCUGGAGUGUGUGUGCACUGGUUUAAGAGGCGUGGGAUUGCAGAGGCUGAUCAGAGCGACCUUCUGGUCAAACUGCGCCUGGGAAAUAAGUAUAUUGCGAUCCUGGCGUUCAUGUGUGUUGUUCUUUGUUUGGGUAUCAGUUCCGGUCUCCUGUGGGAGACUUCAGUGUGAAAGCGUGGCGCUGUAAGCGUGCGCGCGCGCGCGCGUGUGUGUGUGUGUGUGUGUGUGUGUGUCCCGCAUUGACAGUAGGCGCUACGGAUACACACCGAGCCUCGACUAGCGCUUUGUGUUGCAGCCAGAAGCCACCAUGGAGUGAGAGGAUCUUUCUUUACGCGCUGACCAUGAGCACAGAUCUGUUAUGAAAGCUUUGUGGUGACCGGAAAUCCUCUCUGUUUUUGCGCCCGGGUGCCAAAAUUAAAGCUAAAGCGAGGAAAGAUGAAGCAGCAUGGAGUGGGUGUUUUACUGACGCUGUGGCUCUUUAUGGAGUGUAUAGAAGCAAAGAAGUACUGCUGGUAUUUUCAGGAAGGAUACCCCACCUACUUCAUAUGCCGUUCGUAUGAGGACUGUUGUGGGACUCGCUGCUGUGUGCGUGCUCUAUCCAUCCAGAGGCUCUGGUACUUCUGGCUGUUGCUGAUGAUGGGAGUGCUUUUCUGCUGCGGAGCUGGUUUUUUCAUUCGCCGACGUAUGUAUCCAUCUCCUCUGAGCGAAGAGCCCGCCUUUAAUGUGUCAUUCACCAGACACCCUGUGAGCACACCAGUUUCUCAGCAGCCUGGCAUUCAGGGCUAUGGUGACCCCAGCGUUACCAUGACAAUGCCUCUGGCCCCUGCCUAUCCGGGCCAGCCCAGCACAGCCCACAUGAUGAGCUCAUACCCACCACCGCCUUCCUACUGCAACCAUCCUCCACCAUCUUACGACCAGGUCUUCAAGACCACAGAGAAGAAGUAGGUCCAGACGUUCACCAUGGCACAACACACUCCAGCAGAUCAGCGAUCUGAGUCAGGACGACACGACGUGAUGCUGGCCAGGAUCUCUGGCAGCCUACAACUCAGUCUCGAGUAGCUUCAAGUGGCUUGUUUUAAUUUUGUGUGCUUGUUUUAGAAUACAGCAUUUUUUUAUGUUCAUUGUUCAACAUUUUAGAGGUGGACAGAGCUGCUUUUAUCUGACUGUGUAUUUAAAUAAAAACAACAUGAAGAUUGUUCUGGAUGGAAGGACAUGCAGAACAUGAACUGCAUCUCAGCUCAGAUAUUUUCAGAGGUUCAGAGUAAAGGAGUAAAGAAACUGGGUGGAGGCAAAAGAUGGAUGAUGGCAUACUGGAAAGAAGGUGGCAGUAAAUCCAACUGUGUGAUGUUUUUACUGUUGCUCUAAUUGUACAGAAGAAAAUGACAGUUAUCUUUGGAGGACAUCUUCCCAUGCCAAGUCCACUGUGCUGGCUGGGCAAUUUGCAAGCCUGGAGGCUUGGGACAGAGAAAUCAGACCAUCUUUUCUACAGAAUGCAGCAAGGACUUCAUUGUGUUUGAACAAGAGGAACUCUGCAGGCAUCAGCGAUCCCUGUGCUGAAACAGAGUGUGAUGAUAACCGAGCCGAAAGGACAGCACACCUUUCAAUCCACUAGUCAAGCAGGUCAAUACAGGCCAUUCAUUCAUUCAUCCUCGUAACCCAUUAUACACCAGAGGCCAUUGGCUAUUGUAAGUGAAGGUCUGAUCCUGAAUCAGCUUCCGCUUCAAAUAGCUUGAUAUAACUGAUGAGGACAAGUCCAAGGUUAGUCCAUUCGUGAUACCCAGCAUGCAGCCAUUUCACUGCCAUAAAUAGCACCAACCUGAGCUCAAGCCACCUUGCUCAAAUGUAAGUGAUCAAAAACAGUUACUUUGUGUUUUCCUAAUGUAGUUAUUGGACUUGCCAUUUUACCCUUGAACAUAGAGGCAGUGUGGUGAUCCUCUGUGACUUGUUCCAAUCAAAAAUCAUGUAAAAGUAUCCUGCUGUGUCCAGGAUUGAAAGCGUUCACUCAAAAGCACACUCUUGAUGGCUGGAGAUAAGAAUUACAAGUGCACAAUUAACUGUCAGUGUGAACUUUUAUGCUUUUUAGCAAUUUAUAGCUUCGAAGUUGGAAGAAAAGUGUAGAAAACUUAGGCAGAAACUCAGCUUCAAACUUACAAUAACUUAUUUUUCUUGUCACAGCAGUGUCAACUUUCUUUGACAAAAGGUACAAUGAUGAAAUAACUUAGCCAAGAAAUUAUCGUUUGAUAGUGCAGUGUUUGCCUGGGAUAAAAAGCAUAGCACCAGGUUUAAUAUUAACACUUCACCUUAAUGAUGACAUGCCUUGAAGCCCAAUGCCAUUCUUUUAUCCACGUAAAAGAAACAGGACUUUAAAUGGAUCUUUUAAGGUGUCAGGUAUACUCAAAGUUUUGAGGGAUUUCAAAGAACGUUGUUCAAGCAUGAGUAGGACAGAUUAGAAAUACAUUUUGGACAGGAUAACAUUUGCUAGUUUUAUUUGUGUUGAUUAUGUACAUUUUAAUGGCUGUUCUAUGCAAAGUAAAGAUCGGGUCAGUUAUAUGUACAACUUGCUUAGCUGUUGUAAUAGGUGUGUGUUGUAUCACUGUAUCAGACUUGGCUGAAAGACAUGCAAGUUACAGGCGUAAGUGCUAUUACAUGACACCACGUGACAAGCCGUAAAAACUUAGCUAAACACAAGAAUUUCCAUCCUUUAUCUAAAUAAGAUAAGAAGAUAUACUGUUCUCUGUCAUACUGUAUCCAAUAAACUGUCAUUGACAUGUCAGAAAACAA